AUGGCCGCUAAUAGCCCGGGCCAGAGCGCUGUUGUUUCCCGCAUUGGGCUGGUCUGGAGUCGGGAGUCAGGAGUCGGGCCGGGGCUGAACUGGAGCUCGGGCAGACAGUCUGGGAUCAGGGACCUACCUUCUGCUGUGAGCGCCGCGAUCACACUCCCAUGCAUCGAACACGCAGAGGAACCACUCAGUCAGAACCACAGACGUCCUGAAAGCCGACCAGGACCACUGUCACAGCCCCGCUGCCUCUGUGUACGCGUCUACGUGUGUGUAAAUGUGUGUGUGUCGUCCGCUCCGGGAGAGAGGCGCAAGCAGACAGCCAACUGUGGUGACGUCAUCACGCACGAUCAACGCUCUCUCAAAGUUAUAUUUACAUAG